CCACAAAGGCUGCCAAAGCCGAAAGGCUGGGAAAUGGAAUCCUGUGGUGUCCGUUGGAACUCUCGAGGCAAGCUUACAGCGCUGGCUAGGCUGUACAAGCACGGCAUGAAAUACAGCUGCGCUGCAGGCACCUCGGGCUGCUCUAUCCUCGUCUGUUCUCGGCUGCUCUGCUCAAAGCAAACACCUCUGCAAUGCACACAGACAUGUCUGGCUGCCUGCAGCACCUGGGCUGCUCCACUGACAUGUGCGUUGGCUACAGACAGCAUGCAUCUCAUCAUGCAAAAGGGUCCCCUUCCUCAACGCUCUUUUUUCCAUACGCACCCAUCGACUCCCAUCCAUGUAUCCAUCCAUACACAAAUCCAUCCAUCCAUCCACGCAGACAGGCAGACAGGCAGACAGGCAGUCGCACGAACCCAUUGACGGACACGUUACACUCCCAUCAUCAACAAAGGCAGAUUCCAGACCAGUUGUUGUGAUCAGCAGCUAGGUGUGUGCAUCGUGUGGCAGGAGUGACACGUCGUGUGCGUUCGUUCGUCGUUCGUCGUCCGAUCGUUCGUUCAUUCGUUUGCUCGUGCCCGUCUGUGUGACAGACAGUCAGUCGUUCAUAAGAGCAGUCCCCCGUGUGUGCGAACAGAGAUAGCCUAAGCCUUCAGUAACAUAAACCUUCACGCACCCAAUCAAACACCCACUCUCACUCGCCAGCAACACUUCAUCCAGCAUCGAGCUUUGUGCUAUUAUUCAUAGCACAUCGGACAAAGACACCGCGGGACAGAACGGCGGUAACACAGUGGACGCACACGUCGGCUGCACACAUACGCGGAGGCGGUGGUCACUGGGAUGCGGGAACACCCACAUGUAGAUCGGUUGUGUUCGGUUGUGUGUGCGGCAGACUGUCGAUACACAUCCAUUCAUUCCAUGUAUACGUCCUCCUGUCUGUCUGCUCUUCCUUCCGGUUCGUACACCUUGUCGGAGGGAUAGACGAGACUCGCGACACAGAUCCACAUAGACAAACAUCGAUGCGAGGUGUCCACUUCGCAUCACCACCCCGCCGCUCGAAACGCGAGGCACAUAUAUCCCGACCAAAAUCACCGGCGGAGGGCUGGCUGCGGAGAGUCCACACGCAUGUCGGUGUCACGAGAUACAGAUGGCUGAAUCGGUGGUACGCGAGAAGGCAAUGAACGAGUAGGGGCUGAGCAUCAGUGUGACGCCAGCUGCCAGGGCAGUGCGACAUUGGCCCAUCUUGAUGAAUCGCACGGCGCUGUCAACGGCCACAAGGGAGGCGGAGGUGGCCGAAUCAAUCGUGAGGCUUGGGCCGGUCAAGCCGAAGGCGUACGACAGCCGAUUGGCGAGAAUGGCGGGCGAGCUGCCGAUGCCCGUGAAAGCCGUGGACUUGUGUCGGUCCUUGAGCGUCAGCAGCCAGUCGUAGCUGUUGCCGCCAACCGCCACUCCCACCGAUGCGCCCAUCAGACGUCCUCGAGAGAAGCCAGCGUCGACCAGGGCCUCGUAGCCACACUCCAGCAGCAGCCGCUGCUGCGGAUCCAUGUCCCUGACCUCAGCUGUCGAUAGCUCAAAGAACCCAGCGUCGAACUCAGCUGCAUCGAGCACGAAGCCGCCCAGCCGCGCGCACGUCUUCCCCGGAGCGGAGCGGUCCUCGUCAAAGACCCUCUCGUGGUCCCACCGGCCCAGUGGCACGCACCCCAUGCAGUCCUCUUUGGCCAUCAUCGUCUCCCAGAACGCAGCGGGACUGUGACUCCCGCCAGGGAACCGACACGCCAUGCCCAUGACCGCAACGCUCUGCCCGUCAUCGCCAGUCAAAGACGAGAGCGACACUGAUGCCUCGAUUGCCUCGGUGCCGGCAUUGCGAGCGCACCACAACUCUCUCUCGAUGAUCACGUCAAUCAGACCUCGGAUGAUCACGUAAAUCAGAUCUCGCAAAGUGGGCGCCUCGAGCAUCACAGAAGGCUCCACAUCCACAUUGAACUCAGACAGCAGCCGAUUGCGCAGCGUCACCGCCUCUGCUGGCCCGAUGCCCGCCUGCUGGAGCGACAGGGAGGCCCGAGUAUCCCCCUCCUGCUGUGGCAGACCAUGGUGCGACGAGCGGCUGACGACGCCCAUGACAGCGUCUUCGAGAGCCGCUCGCAGCCUGCCCGUCUCGAUGAGUUGCUGUGAUUUACUCCUGUCAAGAACGAGAGGAAGCGACCGCUCAUCAUGGCCAUCCGUCUUGACAUAGUCAUCUGGUGAGGCCCCAGCUCCAGCUGCGAUCUUCCCGCUCUUGCUGACUCCUCCAUCGAGCACGAUGCCCUUCUUGUGCACUUGAUCGACCGCCAUAGCAUCACGGCGAGUGGAUCCUAGCAGCACAGGCGGUCGCCAGCUUGACACUCCGUCGCCCCCCUCGACCCAUCUCGACUCGUCACCGUCGCCCACAUCGCCGACCGACAAUAUGGCGGAGAUGCUCAGAUCUUGGUGGCUCGUGUUGCUGCGGGCCGCCCUCUUGCUCGCACAGAAGGCUGCCAGAGCAUCCACAGUCGGGUGUGACGCGAGCGUCUGGGCGGACACCACCACGCUAGUGAGAGCCGACACGCGCACACAGAAGGAGUCCAGCGUGGCUUGGCUGAGACGCAGGCCACCGAAGGCCACGUGUGAGUCAUCGGACGGGGUCGGCGUCGGUGGCUGGCGUGACGCCGCCUCUCGCUGAAGGGACGACAGCAGGUCGCCAAUCUGUUGCUGCAGGCGCUCGACCUCGCAGCUGUGGCCGCCAGCGGGUGAGGCGACAGACGAGUGUGAGGGUGUGCGUGAGGGAGGCGAGCUCGUCACAUCGAUCUUGCUCGCGAGAUCACACGAACGACCUGAUGAACACACAGAAGAGUCCACAUAGCGUGCCGGCCCAGAGGUCCGGACAUCGUGCCUGUGUGUGAUGCGUCUUACCCGAGUGUGUAUCCGACGGUGGUGUGCGGCCGGCCACGUGUUGAUGAAUGACGUCCGAUGCAUCACUCGAUGCCAACGAGGCACUGACCUGUCAAACCACACACACGGGAGGAUACACGCGUUAGCAAGGCAGGCACACACGGUAUUGUUGUCAGUGACGUGUUGUGUCUGUCGGCUCACCAGCAUGUCUUCGUUGCCACCAGCUGGAGUGGAAGUGCCACUUUCGCCCUUUCGUCCGUCGAGCAGCCAUGUGGCCGUGCUGACCCACUCAAGCCCAUCAAUCGCCGGCCACUGGCCCCCCUCCUCGCCCCUCUGCUCUUCGUUGCGUAGCGCGUCCGUCAUGGCCACACUGGACGGCAGGAGCGAAGCCACGCGAAUCAGCCGCUGCAUGUCGACGGUCUUCGUUGCCACCAGCUGGAGUGGAAGUGCCACUUUCGCCCUUUUGUCCGUCGAGCAGCCAUGUGGCCGUGCUGACCCACUCAAGCCCAUCAAUCGCCGGCCACUGGCCCCCCUCCUCGCCCCUCUGCUCUUCGUUGCGUAGCGCGUCCGUCAUGGCCACACUGGACGGCAGGAGCGAAGCCACGCGAAUCAGCCGCUGCAUGUCGACGAAGCGCUGCCCAUGGCCUCGUGAAGCGGCCCAACGAGGCCCUGGACGUUUGUCCAGAGCUCCCUUCGCGUCGCCCACUUGCACUCCACGGCACCAGCACCAGAGCCAUCCCCACCGUCGUUGCAGAUCUGGCAGACGGCCAGUCCAUCCAGUAUCUCGCUUUGGAGCGGACGGACAGGCCCCCAGUCACCAGAUGACGCAGACAAGAAGGACGACGUGCUGACCACGGAAGAGGGUGGCGGACCAGAGGACGGCGUCGCGGCGGACUCCUUGCCCACCAGCACGCCACCAGCAUCACCGUCAUGACCACUGCCCUGGCUGCCAGGGCGAGACGACACGACGCUCAGACAGCGGAUGCACAACGGCAUGCGCA